GCUGAAAUCAGCUCCUCUGGUGCAAGUGUGGUAGCUAUUGACAAUAAAAUCGAGCAAGCUAUGGAUCUGGUGAAAAGCCAUUUGAUGUAUGCGGUUAGAGAGGAAGUGGAGGUCCUCAAAGAGCAAAUCAAAGAACUAAUAGAGAAAAAUUCCCAGCUGGAGCAGGAAAACAAUCUGCUGAAGACACUGGCCAGUCCUGAGCAGCUUGCCCAAUUUCAGGCCCAGCUGCAGACUGGCUCCCCCCCUGCCACCACACAGCCACAGGGGACCACACAGCCCCCCGCCCAGCCAGCGUCCCAGGGCUCAGGACCCACCGCGUAGCCGCCUAUGCCCCCGCAGAACUGGCUGCUGCCGUCUGAACUGAACAGACCAGAGAAGAUGUACUAGGGGGAAUCUGCCUCCACAGUCACCCAUUUCAUUGCUUGCUGCGAAAGAGAAGUGAGACUGACGUAUAUGCCAUUGUCUCUUUUUUCCAGUAUUAAACACUCAUAUGCUUUUGGCUUGAAGAAAUUUCUUAGUUGGGCGAAUUAAAGGUUAAUCAGAGAAUUAGCAUGGAUAUACUGGGACCUCAUGCAGCUUGGCAGAUACGUGAGAAGUGGUUUCAUUCAUGCCGAGGAGCUGUGUGCCUUUCCACCCCUUCCCUGCUCGCCAUCCCCACUCCCGAGCAUUCUCUCCUGCUUGCACGUAGUGUACUCCAUGGGGUCUGAAGCAGUGGGGCUCCACUGGACUUUCCUCUCUCCUCUUCUCCCCCAGGAGGACCUUAAAAGGGAGGUCAGAGUAAAGACUG